UUAAGCUACUAACUAACCCUACCUUUUAAGACUUUGAGCUGAUUUUCAGGCUCAUAAAUUCAUAAUAAUAUUUAAACUCAGCUCUCCCACAACUCAACAGAUCUUCCCAAUUCAGAUUCACACUAAUACAAUUAUGCUUUACAAUGGUAGAUUCCGAUUCCUUUCUCAAUCUCAAUUCCUCUAGAUUUUGAUUGAAUUGGGAUUUGACCUCGCUUCAAUGGGUUCCUCUCAGUCUGUUCAAGUUCCCGAAAAUAGCGACGAAGAAGAACAGGAACAAGAGCAAGACGACGACGACGAAGAGGAAGAAGAAGAAGAAGAAACAGAGGACCACAAUGGCGAGCCUGAUAGGAUGAGGGAAGUGGAUAACCAUUUGGUGAAGAAGGUUCUUCAACAGGAACCGGAGAUGUUGCCCUGCUACGCAUCCGCAUCGCCUCUCUCUCCUCAGCUAUCUUCAUUGGGUACGCCUCGCCUCGGACCCUCUAUCAAGGUCUGGGACCCUUACAAUGUGCUCGCUCCGCCACCCCCGCUUCCGCCUCCUCCCGUCUUUUCCCGGAGCUUCUCGUCCAAUGCCAUGGACGAGGAUCGGGUGAUGUUCGAAGUGUUUUUGAUUAGUCACGGCGAGUGUCAGCUGAGUCUCAGGCCGGAUUUGGUUGGGGGCCGGUGCCCGGAGGCUGCGCUCACCACCAAUGGGAAGCGCCAAGCCAGGGCUUUGGCGGUGUUCUUGAAUUCCCAGGGGAUUCGGUUCAAUGCGGUUUACUCAUCGCCGUUGGAUCGGGCUCGAUCCAUGGCUGUAUCAGCUUGUCAGGAAAUGAACUUUGCAGAGGAACAGAUUCAAACUUCGGAUGCUCUUGUGGAGAUGAGUCAGGGGCAUUGGGAAGGAUGCCUUCGGUCAGAGAUAUACUCUGCUGAAAUGUUGAGCUUUAUUGACAAUGUUCAGCCUGAUUUUUGUCCACCCUCAGGGGAAUCACUGAGGCAAGUGGAGUUUCGAAUGGUUAGUUUUCUAAAUGGGACUGUGUUGGGACUGCCUGAAAAAUUAAGAUCAGAUUUCUCGUCACUCCAUCCGAUGGAGAACCAAGGUUUUCCACUCCAUAAUCCUCACACUUUAUCGAGUUCAAUCCAUGACCGAGAAGGGUCUUCACUCGCAGCACCUCACUGGGAUAUGCUUCAGAGGCAGCAGCGACAGGGAACUGGGCUACUAAGGAAAAAGUCCGGAAAAAGCAGGCUACAAUUUAUGACUACCACUGGAGAUCAUGAGGUCGAGGAAGAAAUUUCCCCUCAAGAGUCCAAUCAUCGAAGCUCCCUACAUGAUUUAAGUGGCAGGAGCUCCUCUUAUGCCCCUACUUGUAUUGGUAUUUUUAGUCAUGCAGUGCCAAUUAGGUGUCUCCUCACUGGCAUCCUUGGCUGCAGCCCGCUAAUGUCUCAUAAGAUGUGCAUAGACGAUUCUUCAGUGACUGUGCUGCAGCAUUCAUGGAAAACUGGUUGGCAGAUAAAAAAGUUGAACGAUACUGCACACCUCAGACUUCUUUAGUCGGAGUGUUUAGCCUGAAAAAUCUCAUCUAUGGAUUCAUCGGCCAAGGCCCGGCAAUGGCAUCGGUAUGGUUUCUGGAUUGAACUUGUAUGCUGCAACUCAUGAUGUUGGAUGAAGUUGCACUACAUUUUGCACUUUUUUGUUACCAUCUUUGCAAUACUUGUUUCUAGAUUAAGUUUAACUAGCUCCCAAGAAAACUAAUUGUUGUGGGAGUUGGGAUUAUUUUUAUAUGGGAUGAUUCUUUUGAUUUGUAGCCAUUUCCUGGAGUAACUAUAGUUGUAAUAGAAAGAAAAAUAAGUUUAUUAUUGUUUUAUCAUAUUUUUUUUUUUUGAGAAUGGGAAAACUUUUAUGAGCUUAUUGGCAGUCA